GUAACAGAAAGCCUCCCCGGGGAAGCUGUAGUUGAUUAUAAUGGAAAUCUCCAAGGCAGACUCAGACCGGCACCUCACACACGCUUGUCCUGAUGCUUAGAGAGUGCAUGGGCGAAGAUGGGUUCGGGAUGGUCAAGAGGCCAACGCAAGCUGAUCCAGGUGAGGCCGCUACCCGCAGCCCAGGCGGCUAUUUGCCCCGGAGUGCAGCGGUACGGCAGCAGCCGGGUAGACAGCUCGCUUGUGAUACACGACCACCUGAAGGCAGCCUCUCUGCGCCGAGGGAGCGAACUUCCUCCCCUGAAGGAGGUGCGAAAUGGCACUCACGCACUACCCAACCUCAGGCAAGUACCUCGUGCCUUCUCAUUUGAAAGCAGUUUGGAUGAUGGGGAAAGGAGCAUCAUCAAAAAACAUCCUCCCCGAAAAUUUGAGCGACUUGAACCCAUUAAUUGUGGUACAGUGAUCACCUCUGAGAAACCUGAAGGAAGACAACGAGCAUGCAAAACUCAGGCACAAGAAAUGCAAGCAGAAAUUGCAAAGCAAUUUUCCAGGAGACGACAGAAAAUCCAAAAGAUGCAAUAUGAAAAGCAAAGAAGCCAGCAGGAGGCAAUUCGCCUGCAGGGACAGACAGCACUGAAGAGGAGUCUUCACCUGGACACUGGCAAAACUAAACAGAAAAUAAAGGAUCUUGGAGCCAAAAAAGCAAGGGAAACAGCACAAAAUAACACCCAUCAAGAUCAAUACUAUAUUGCAGUAGAUGAUGAUAAUCCAUGGAAUGAUUUUAUUUCACCAAUGCUCUUCAUAAAUGAUAACGCGGGCAAUAAUAACGACUUCAGGAUAAAUGAACAAUUUAUGAAGGAUCCAGCAAUAUGGAACAUUUCCAGCAACAGCUCCAGCAAUGAAUCCUUGGCCUGUUGGAUGGAUAAUACCAGACAGUCACAGCACAGAUUGAUGAGAACUAAGACUGAACGAAUCUUAGUGUUUGAUGAAUUCUUUGAUCAGGAAUUAUAGCUUUUCUAUUGAACUGAAUCAAGCCAAAUCAUUUCACAGAGACAUGACAAGUUGGUGGAAAUAGUUGACAAUCUGCUUGGAAUACAGCAUGAAUUGGACAGUGAACAAAGAUUACAUAGGCAGAUCACCGGAAGUAACUGAAAGACAAUUCUAAUGAAAACAAAUGUAUGAGAUGUCUUCACUUCAGUAACAUUGUCCUUGCUGAAAUUUGCCAUUUUUCAGUGACAGCUGCACCCUCAGAGCAGGGCAAGAACAGCAUUUUAUUGGCAAUGAGAGUAUUUGUGAAGAUAGAGGCUUUACUUCAGUACAUCUUGUAAAAAUGACAUUUUUUUUCUGCAUAGAAAGCUCUCUGUAAUGUUUACAGGACACUGCUCAUGCCUGUGGUCUUUCUGUUUCCAUAGAAUUGUUGGGUCUUAUGUUACCUUUUGCUUUCCCUUCCAUUUGUACUUCCUUUUCUGUUUCUUUUGCAUUCCUGCCACUGGAAGCUUC